AUGGACGCCAAAAAAGAACUUCCGAAAUCCAUCAAAACUAGGAUAUUUAAACACAUUAAAUACCCAAAAGCACUGAUAGUCACGUGUAAAGACUGGCAUGAGAUUGCAAAAAAUAGCGAUGCUAAAGCCGAAUGGAUUAUCCAAAAUUAUGGGAGAGAACAUGCUCUCUUUCAUGCUGUGAGGUUAGGACCAUUGUUCCUUGAUGAACCUACUGCUAAGGCUAUUAUCGCGAAAGACGCAAUUCUUUCGAGGUACUUUAUUCAGCGUUUACUGAAUUCUUUCGGAAAAUAUGAUCAAAAAUUAAUGGAACAAAAGAUCACGCAUAAUGUUAAACAAAUUGAUACGGAACAAAUCAAAUCAUUGCAGAAAAAUGCACGUAUUCCUUGGGCGAGUGAUUUGGAAUUAUCCGUUUUUGCAUAUUUUCUAACGGUAGCUCAAAAUCAAUUUGAAAUGGAUGAACUUUGUAUGAAAGGCAACGAUAUGGAACUUUUCCAUUUCCUCUCUGCUGCUGAAUGGGCUUUACCUGAUGUUAGAGUUGUUAUUGAACGACUUUUGGAAUUGAUUAACAUCGGUUUUCAAUUAAAUUACAGCAUCAUUAGCAAGAUCUUUUAUUUAUUUGAAGAUAGAUUGGAAUAUAUUGGAGAAGUGUUGGUGGAGUCGUUUAUAUUCAUUAAACAAGACAACCGAGAGAAUUUCUUAGAUAAUUGUCUAAUCGAAACACUAAAAUCUGAACAUUGUUCGAACAAACCUCAAGUUUGGAAUUUUCUUUAUGCUCUUAUACAGAAUCCUGAAUUUACAUUCAUUAAAGCAUUUAAUCACUAUCUAAGCAAAAAUCAAAAUUCUAUGAUCGAUUCUGAAAGUAAACAACUCAUUUUACCCUCAAAAUUCUAUAUCUGGGUUCUCAGAAAAUUUGGAACUAACGCAAAAAUUACAAAACUUUGUUUUGAAGAAAUCUUGAAAACACGAAUUAGCUUAGAUCGACAACUACAGCAAGAUACUACAAACGUUGACAUACCAACUGGAAUAAAUCAACACGUGUUUCAAGCAAUUUGUAACAUUUUUAAGUUCUAUUGUAACGCUGAAAAUUUUUAUCUACCAUCGCAUUUAGAUAUCUUAUCUCAAUGCACUAUCGUUGAAAUUUUGGCGCCAUUAUUUAAGCAUUAUUUACCCGAUCUAUUUGAUAUGGAUGUGUCAUUUGAAUUACCCAUGCAAAUUAUUAAUGAUAUUGAUAACUUUGAUGAUUAUAAUAUACUCCCAAAAGCGACAACUAAAAGAAAAAGAAAGAAAUGUAUGCUAAAGGAAUGGGAUCAAUCACUAUACAAAUUUUCUGAAAAAAAUAGUGGUGAAUUAACAAACACUUUUCGAAGUUAUCUUAAUGAGUUUAUUUAUGACAAAUUACAAACCUCUGAAUUUGCUAACAAAAAAUGCAGAAAGAGACAUUGA